AUGCGAGUAUACAAGGAAGAGGAAGUGCAUGUGAGAACACAUGAGCCUAUUGAGAGCUUGGUGGUAACCAAAUUGAAGGGACGCAUGACAGCAGUUGUAAUGCUGGCCAGAAAGGGCAUCACACCAGCAAAGGUACAAACCUUCCAGAGAGGCAACAUGGAAAAGAGAAAACCUACUGAAUAUGGUCAUAGAAGUGAGGACGAGGCUACAAACACAAAGGUUAAAGAGUUGCUAAAAUAUAAAGUAGGGUGA